AUGACACGGUAAGUCUAUACGGAUACGAAAAAUGACAAGUGAAAGAUCAAUAUGUUUUGUAGAAAAUAUUAACAUUGAUAUCUGGGUUUGUAAGAAAGUAUUAACAUUGAUAUUUAGGUCAAAAAGAUACUAACACAAGUUUUUUUGGACGUAAAUGCUCAAUGUAAAAACCUAAAAUGUGGUGGAAGCGCCGGUGCUGCGGCUGUUAUGACACUGUACGUAAACGACUUUUUGUAUACUGUAGAUUACAGUAAUGUAAUGUAAUUUAAGUUUAUUAGAAGAGUUUCCUAAUUUUUCUAACAGUUCUUCUAACUUUAAUCGUAAUUAUGUUUCAGUGCGGUAUUGGGAAAAGAAAUUGGAGGUAAGUUGACUAAAACAACAUAUUAAUCUAGUUUCUGUAGACCCGGUGGACUUCGUACUGUUUCCAAUUACAGAAUCCCACGAUGGAAUAAGUGAAACACCAAGCGGGUACUUUGGAGAGAACGAAACAAACAAGCCUAAAGUGGCUGAAGGCAUACAGGUAAGGUAACUUAUGCUACUGUAAGUUAAAAAUUAAUUUUUUGUUCAGAAAGAAGGUAACAACCAUCUUAAACUAUAUUUUCUAGAUCAACAAUUUGAUUAAUUCCUCAUACCUACGUGAUCUGGUCCGACUUUUACCAAAAUCCAAGCAAAGACGAAGUUAUUGCCAAGAUAGAGAGCUUGAAAAUGUUCUACAAGAGCAAAAAGAACCUUCAAAGUAUCGCUGA